UUACACCUACAGCAAGAACAUCAACACCAAAAAGUAUCAAAUUCUUUACAGAUCUUCAAUUUUCUCCAUUAUUACAGGUAAUUAAAGAUGGAAUCAAGUCUGCUUCAAGUGCUAUUUUUACUUGGAGUUCUGUCUAGUUCACUGAGCUUUAGAGGUCAGUAUAUUCUGAUCCAGCAGAAGAAAACAUGGGCCGAAGCUCAAGCGUUCUGUCGAGAGAAUCACCUGGACUUGGCCACAUUUAACAAUGACAAUGACAGGGAGAACUUCAGAGAAGACCUGGCUGCUAGUAACUUUAAAUCAGAUGUCUGGGUUGGAUUGUACUCUCUAUACUCUAACAUUAGUACAUGGCAAUGGUCAUUUCAAGACGAGAAUGUAACAUUCACCUACUGGAGCUCUGAACAACCGAACAAUUAUGGUGGCGAUCAGAAUUGUGUUCACUUUUUAUCUGAUGCGACUUGGAAUGAUUAUUCUUGUUUCACAUAUAUGUACUGUUUCUGCUAUGAUGGAGUGACAAAUAAUUUCAUCUUUGUUACGGAUAAGUUCAGAACUUGGUAUGAGUCCCAGAGUUACUGCAGACAACAUUAUACAGACCUCGCCACUGUACGCAACAUCAAUGAUCAGAAUAAACUACAAGAGUUGAUGGUCUCAACGUAUGCAAGUGUUUGGAUUGGUUUGUUCCGGGAUUUCUGGAAGUGGUCAGAUGGAACAAACAUCACCUCUAUGAAAUGGAUUUCUGGACAACCAGUUAAAAUUCUGCAAAAUGAAGCAUGUGCUUAUGCUAACUCUGAAGGUGAAACUGGUAAUGGAGCAUGCUCAGAUCCGCUUCCAUUUGUUUGCAACAAUGUGAUGAGGAAGAUCAUUGUGAGAGUGGAGCUAAAAUCAGAUCGUAAUGUGACCGAUCCUCAAAUUCAGGAUUUCAUCUUACAGCAGAUACAGCAGAAACUGAAGCAGCGUGGAAUGACAGCAGACGCUGAAGUGACGUGGAAAUUUCAAGCAGUCAGUCAGGUGUUCCACGAGAAAGAGAAUUACACAAGAGAGCACAAGUGGGAAGAUUGUGACUCUUAUCCUGACGAUACAGUUUAUCCUAAUGAAACCUGGAGUUACUGACAUCUCCAACAGUGGUUUUCAACCUUAUUUCUCUGAGGAUCCCUCUUUUCCAACUCUAAUGCAUACACACAGUUUAUAUUUAUUUAUUACGUUGUUUAAGAUAUUGCAGAAAAAAAAAAAUAGUCAAGUGUGUCUAAACCUUUGAUUUGCAUUCAAAAUAACUCUUUGGCUGAACUUGAUUCAGUCAUGGACGAUGGUUCCACAAGUUUGAAGCGAGUUUUCUUAAACUAAAAUUACCAUGUAAUUUCAAUGUAAAUAGGGGAACCUAACUAAAUCAAGUAAACCCAACACAAUUUGGUAUGUCAACAUAACUCAAAUGGAACUCUUUUCGUGAUGUGCUAGCUAGUGACAGUAAAUUAGUGAUGUUUCCUUCAUGAACGAAUCGGUCAUUUUGAACGCAUCUUUUAAGUGAUGAAUCGUUCUCGUUUACCACCAUACACUGACUCAUAUUUCUCUUUCACUGAUACCUUUUGAAGCCAGUGAGCUCUACUGCUUUUCAUGCCUGUAUGGACUGAUUAUAGUGUGAGCCAAUAGCAUUCGAGAAGGCUGUGAAGGAGGAUGUCACUGGUUCGACCCGCUGAAUGAAUAAACCCCAUCACUGAACCAGUUGAGUCAGUCAUUUCAGUCUGAACGAGAAGAGACGUCUCAUUCAUAAAUGAACUGCAUGUACAGGUAAACUCAUUUGCAAACUAAAUAAAUGACUCACUUGGUCAUCUCAUUUGACUGAUUGAACGAGAGGAAGCGUGUCAUCUGUUUAGUUCAGCAUGUCAAGUCAAUUGACAGGUGUGAAAUGCAGUGUUGACUGUGGUGUUGACAAGUUCAUUGGUACAUGAUCGUUGGUUGGACCCACUGAACGAAUACGCCCCUUCACUGAACUAUUCGGUCAUCUAGUUCGUGAAUGAACUGAAUGUACAGGUACACUCGUUCACGAACUAACUGAAUGAAUCUCGAGAGGAGGAGCUGCAUGUCGUUCAGUUCGUCAAUCUCGUUCAACAAGAAAAGGUGCUGGAUUAAUUAUGUAUAAAAGAGAGUGAUGACCACACAUUUCAAUGACAUACAACAUUAUUGAAACUCAUCAUUAUUUUUUAGGCUAGUAUUGUUUUUUUGUUGUUGUUGUUUAGCUUGAUUAAAAACUCAAACUCAGCAGGACACAAAAUGAUAGAUAUGUUUUUGUUGUAACUUGUUGGGAAACGUUUAUUAUACCUAAUCAUUCUGCAGUGCUGAAGUGUCUUUGUAGAAUUGUAGACAUGCACAUUUUAAUAAAGAAUAAUUAGACUUGUUUUUGGUGUGAAUGACUUUGUGCUUUUGAUUCCAUGCAAUUUACUCAUUCACUGAAAACCCUGAAAAGUUGACUAUUAAACUCGUUCCCUCAAUUCAACUGAGUAAUGGCUUCACUAAAUAUUGUGUAAUUAAGUUCACUUAACUUGGUC